UUUAACUUGAACUGUGCAAUAGACUUUAUACCGUACUGCUCACCAGUAACAACCUUUCUUCGUGUUUAAUCCAUUUUAAAGCGUGUGAGGUGUGCCUACUCCUAGAAGAACAGAAGAAAAAGAAGAAAGAAGAAGAAAGAAGAAAAGUUUUAAAGUACAGCGUGAACGAACUUGAAGGUGCAGAUUCAGAAUUAAUACGUCUAAAAUGGCCGAGAAGCUGCUGUUGGUUGAUGUUGAUUGUGGAGUGGAUGAUGCUCAAGCAAUAAUGAUGGCUCUUGCACAGCCGACAGUUCAGAUUUUGGGUAUUACAUGUUGCCAUGGAAACACAGCUAUUGACAAUGUAUGCAAAAAUGUACUGCGAGUCUUAAAACUUUGCAAUGAAUCCAAGAUCCCUGUGUACCGUGGGGCUGCCUCAUCGUUUCUUGGUGAAAAUGUUGGAAUGGCUGACUACCAUGGGUCAGAUGGCUUAGGAGGCGUACCUGAUCCUGAAGCUCCUGCGCUGGACUGUAUACAGGAGGAACAUGCUGUAACUGCCAUGAUACGCAUCGUUUCAGAGCACAUUGGAAAGGUUUCUUUGGUUGCUACUGGACCACUGACUAACUUGGCACUGGCAGUUAAAAUGGAUCCAACCUUUCCGCAGAAAUUAAAGGGUUUAUACAUAAUGGGGGGGAACAUGGAAUCCAGGGGGAAUACAUCAGUGUGUGGAGAGUUUAACUUCUCAGUCGAUCCUGAAGCCGCAUACAUUGUCCUGAAUGAGUACUCGUGUCCUACGUACAUUGCUACUUGGGAAUACACAUGUAGACACAAACUUUCCUGGGAGUUCUACAAUGACCUGGUGAACCAAGAUACAGCAAAAGCUAAAUUCAUGAAAAAGAUCUCUGCUCACAGUCUGAAGUUUUCUCAAAGUGAGCAGGGGAUUAAGGAACUGGUCAGUGGAAGUGGAUUUGUGCCUUGUGAUUCUUUCGCCAUGGCUGCAGCAGUAGACAACAGCAUUGUAAAAGAAUAUAUUGAAUGUGGUGUGAGCGUGGAGUUGAGUGGGAAACUGUGCAGAGGGAUGAUGAUUAUGGACUACUUAGAUCUCCUUCAAAAGAAACACAAAGCAUUUGUUAUGAAGACGUGUGACAUAGAAAAGUUCAAAACCCUUCUAAGGACUGCUUUGAAGUAAUUACAAAAGUUACUGCCCAGUACCAGUGAUAACUGACUUAAUUAUUAAAAAUCAUAUCUGAAACCUUGUGACAAGAGAAAAACAGUGGCAUGCUACUAUUUUCAAUGCAUGUUUUGGGUGAUUAAGCAGUACCUUUGGAAUAUUUGUUUCAGGCUCUGAAACAUUUUUAUUAAUUUGCAGAUAAUCUGUGAAAGUUCUAGUGUUCUUUAUAAAAUGUAUACAUUUUAAGUUUUCUAAUGCAUAAUAAAGUGUUAGCUUAGAGUAUUUGUAAUUUAACAAUGAAUUACUGAUAGCAGUCACUGCAAGACAAUCAUUAUCUUCUUCAUUCUACUCCUAUACCCAAAACACUCUUCUUUUAAAAGCUACUCAGAUCUCUCCGGUGCUUUCUGAUUUAUUGUCAGGAAAAUGUGUGUUCUUAUUUCUUUAUUGAUGUUAUUUAAAUUUGCAUAUUUAUAACCCAGUAAUGAGAUAUAAUUCCAUGCAAUUUCUUUAACUUACUUCUAUAACUGCUCACUGUAAAAGCUUCCAUUAUACUAUAGUGCUACUUUUUUAUUCUCUAAUAGUGGCAUAUCACUGUCUGGUGAACCUGUCUUCAUAUCCCUGUUUCCCAUUAGAGCUAGUCUCAUAUAAGCUAGUUUUUCCCUGUUGUUCAGGUGGAAGGCUAUUUUAGCUUGUUCCCAACCCAUUAUACUGUUCACUGUCCAUAUUUGUUCUGAAAAUCUUGGCAUUAUAUUUUUUUCCAAAUACCAUCAACUGACUCACUUUGCAUCUCCUUUUAGUGGUUUAACUUAGAAAUUUUUGAAAGUAUUCUAUCCCUCCAUUUUCAAUAAUUCCUUUUGUUUCAGCAGUUUUUUUCCCAAAAAUGAGCCUGAUACAGCUGAGAAAAGCUAUUCUUUAGGUUUGUGGACCACUGCCUUCCAGGCUUCUAUUGCUUCCCCUGUAACUAUCUCUUCCCCCUUCUGUAACCACAGUCCUUUCAAUUAGGGUAAAUACAAGCUUACCUACACCAGAUGUAAAAGUCUCAGUUAGGUGGCUUUAUAAUAUAGUACCACAUCAGUCAUUCCCAGUCCUCCUUUGAUAUAUUGAUAAUAAAACUGCUCCCUUCUUGUCUAAGUUACAUUACUGUACAAUUCCUGGGCAUUAGUCUUGAUACUUCUCAGUACUUGGGAGAUAAUAUCAAUAGACAGUUAAGUAUGCUAUUAAUUUGAUAUGCAGUUUGUCUGAAGUGAUUUCUGUGCAUGUCACUCUUCCAAUUAAAUUUCAUUAACCAUCAUUUCUCAAAACAUCCAGUGCUGAUUUCUACCAAUAUUUAUCUAUAACCUUCUCCUAUUGUCUUGUUUUCAUGUUACUAUUAAAUUGUGUCGUGUUGUUCAUGAAUGCAGUGCUCCCUAGUCUGUCACCCCUCAUUCAGCACAGGCAACCAUGCCUGUUACACUGCCUAUGACAACAUAUUGUUGAAACUCCAUCUAAUCUCUCCAGAUUACUCCUCUCUUUUACACAUUUCCCACACCCCCUACAUAUCUUUGUAACACACUAUGUAAACUGAUGUCCAAGCUUCCUGCAUUUUUAUCCAUUAUUAAAUGAUCCUUUUAAAUUUGUCAAACAAAGAGUAUAAAAAGGAAGGUGGCCUCUACCACUGUCUGCUUUACAGUUCUGUCCUGGGGGUGAAAUACUUAUUAAUACAUAGCAUCCAAAUCAUGCAUUUUAGAACUUUUUACUCACCCACAUCUCACUUUACAGUAACACUUCAUCAGUCUAUAUCAUGCCCCUUUGUUUGACCAAUACAUAACCUCAUUCUUCCAUCAGCAUAACAAAACAAGGGAUAGGGAGGCCUAUUAUCAUUUCUUUUAUUAGAAGUAUUUCUUGAACCUACCCAUUAUAGCCAUCCUGUCCACUCAAAUAAAGAGUAGUCACUUAAAAUGUUAUAAACUAUGUGCAUCCCUGUCUUCUACAUUCUGGUUAAUCAUCAACCACCACACAAAGUGGCAUGCCCACCCAGACUAAGCAGACUUCUCAGGUCAGGAUGACCAGUAUUUAAUUUAAAUGUGUGUAUCCCCUAUUAUACCCUUAAUUAAUACCCAUCAAGUAAUAUUCGUCAUGCUACUAUCAGCUAAGUACAAAAAUAUCCAGUUUUCACCACUCACAUUAAGACACAGCUGAGGCAACUUACUACAUAUUAUCAGUUAGACUUGUCAAGUACAUUAUUACUUCAACCAACCAAAGCGUCAUAGAAUGAGAAAAACUACUGAACAAAAACAAAAAUAAUUCCACGAAAGCCAG